UUCACGCUUUCCAUCAGGAUGAUACCUCUGAGAUAACCGGAGUGUCGCAUAGGGAUGUUUUGGUUCAGAUAGAGCCGCCUCGGUAAGAAAGAAGGUCUGACAGCACUUGCUUGGGUUUUUGCAUCUGUCCAGCCUUCAAGACACCCGCGCCUUCUCUCCCUUCUCUCUCGGUGACCCACAUAACUGAAGAUGGGUGACUGGGACCUCCUCGGCCGGCUGCUGGACAAGGUGCAAAAACACUCGACUGUAGUUGGGAAGAUCUGGCUGACUGUGCUGUUUGUCUUCAGGAUACUCGUACUUGGAGCCGGUGCUGAGAAAGUGUGGGGCGAUGAGCAGUCCGAUUUCAUCUGCAACACACAGCAACCUGGCUGCGAAAACGUCUGCUACGACCAUGCAUUCCCAAUCUCCCACAUUCGCUUCUGGGUGCUGCAGAUCAUCUCGGUAUCCGCUCCCACACUGGUCUACCUGGGCCAUGUCCUGCACGUCAUAAACGAGGAGAAGGGCAUUAGAGAAGCUAUGAAGAAGGCCCAGAAUGAUCAGGCUAACCUUUUCCACAAGAAAGGCCUCAAACUUCCCAAAUACAGCAAUGACAAAGGGAAAGUCAGCAUCCAUGGUCGUCUGCUGAGAAGCUACAUUUUGAAUUUGCUCUGCAAGAUCUUGCUGGAGGUCGGAUUUAUUUUAGGACAGUAUUACCUUUACGGUUUUACACUUCAGGCUCAAUAUGUAUGUAGUCGCUUCCCGUGUCCUCACAAAGUCGACUGUUUCCUGUCAAGACCAACAGAGAAAAACAUAUUCAUUUGGUUUAUGCUAGUAGUGUCCUGCGUGUCAUUGCUGCUCAACCUCAUCGAGGUCUUCUACCUGUGUGUCAAGAAGGUCAGCGAGUGCUUGAACCGUAAGCGUGACUACAACGUAACCUCUGUGACCCCGGUUUUGACCAAGAAGACUUUUGAAAACAAAGACCACAUGAUACAGAACUGGAUGAAACGUGAGCUACACCUUCAGAAAAGGGAAGUUGCCAAUGAAGGGGGCAAGCACUCGAUUUUGGAAGACCACAACACCAAUGACGUGGAAGAGGUUCAUAUCUGAGCUUUGUAAACAGAACCUUUCUCAAGGCCAGUUGACACAAAUAUCAGUGAGACUGAGCAGCCAUUUCUUCCAUGUUAGAUAAUACACUGUAAGGCCAAAAGUAUGUGGACAUCUGUCCAUCACAGCCCUAUGUGCUUGUUGAAAAUCCCAUUCCAAAACCAUGGGCAUUAAUAUGGAGUUGGUUCCCCCUUUGCUGCUAUAACAGCCUCCACUCUACUGGGAAGGUUUUCCGCUAGAUAUUGGAGUAUGGCUAUGAGGAUUUGUGAGGUCAGGCUCUGACGUUGGGUGAGGUGACCUGGAGCACAGUCACUGUUUCAAUUCCUCUCAAAAGUAUUCAGUGGGGUUGAGUCAGGGCUCUGUACAUCCCACUUGAGUUCUUCCACUCCAACCUUGGCAAACCAUGUCUUCAUGGAGCUCGCUUUGUACAGAGGGGCAUUGUCAUCCUGGAAGAGGUUUGGGCCUCUUAGUUCCAGUGAAGGGAACCUGUAAUGCUACAGCAUAGAGAGACAUUCUUUGUUGUGGCAACAGUUUGAAGACCAACAUAUGGGUGCGAUGGUCAGGUGUCCACAUACUUUUGGUCAUACAGUAUAUUUACGUAUUAUUCCACAGCACUGUUACAUUCUCAAAUCUGAUUGAUCAGAAGGUGUUGAUUUUUUUUAGUAUGUAAUAACAGCAGAUCUGACAGUACUGCAGCUCUGUAGUUCUAAUAUAUUAUUGUUUCUAUAGUAACAACACAUUCACUGGAACGUGGAUGGAGGAAGCGCCACAUAAUCUAAGUCUAAUAAUAAAUGGAUCUUUAAAAAAAACCACAAUGUGUUCUUAUUAAACAAAAACGUAUAAUCUUUGCGGAAGCUUUCCAUUAGGAAAUGUUUAUUUGACAUUUAUAGAAGUUUCUAUUGUCAGCAGCUCCAGUGUUUUUACUUUAUUAACUCUAAUAGAGUGAGAGAAAACGAGAGGCUGAGGAGAAAACAGCUGUUUAUAGCAGCUAAAACAUAAGUGAUAACAGGAACUUGUCUCAUGGACGUUUCACAGCUUUAACUGUAACUAUAAAUGCGUGAAAAGUAUGAUAUUGUUCUUUAAUAAAUAAAAAGUGGUAGUUUUUGACAAAUUGCUCUGGUAGAAGUGGAUAAAACACUUCAGAAUGUUCUGUUACUAGAAAAUAGACAACUUCAGGGUGGUAAGAGCAACUCAGUUUCACGUCAAGCCGCCUCACGCCAUCCGAUCAUUGAUUAUUUUCCCAUGCUCCCAAGUGGCUUCCUCCUUACUGACAUUACAAAAAGUUAAUUUCUCUAAAGGUUUUAUGAAGAUGGCGAUCAGCUUUGAUUUAUACUUGAUUUAAUUCUGAAAUGUUUUAUACCUGGGAAUAAA